AUGGUGGUGGUCAAAGUAAAUUUGACGAUGAUGAUGCGCAAGAGUACUACUAAUACUACUAAUAAUACUCAUCUUUUGCGUCGUCGUUUUCGUCGUCGGGAGGGUGUUUUGCUGAGCGCUGAUUUGGAGGAAAAACGACCGCCACACGUUUUUUCCCUCGUGGGAGGAAAAAAGAGGGUGCCCACUUCGAGGAAGCAGAAGCGGAAGAAGUUUACGUCGUCGUCGCGCUUUGACGACGACGAUGAUGCAGGAUUCUUCGAAGGAGAACAACAACAACAACAAAAACAACAACAACGAGAGCAGGGAACGGCGCUUUUUUCCUCUUUCGAUGAUAUCCUCCAAGAGCACUCCGGGUCGAUUGAAGACGCGUUCACAUCCGAGACGCAGUUUCAACGGUAUUCGUUCGAACGUGUGGAGCGAGAAGAUAGGAAACUGGCGACGAAUUUGCGUCGAUCGGCGUCGACGUUUUACGUCGUCAGUUCUGUGUUGUUCGUGUUACGGAACGUGAUCGUUCCAGCGAACGCGAAUAGGAACGAGUUUUUGAUUGUUUUUGAUGCGGUGUACACGUUCAUUUGUUUGGCGUUUUUCGCGUCCAAUCUGGCGGAAAAGGAGCGCAUAGGAAAGAAUAAAAGUUCGCGGUCGGCGUUGUUGUUCGGAAACGCCGCCGUGGCGGCGGCGGCGAAUUUCGUGAUUGCAGCUGCGACGAUGGAUAUAGAGCAAAUUGAUGAAGUUUUGAUUGAAUCGGCUCCGCGAUCGAAGGUGAUCCUGUACGCGUUGCCGUCCAUCGCGUUGGUGGCGUUUCAAGUUGGUUUGGAAUUGUUCGGAAAAGACGACUCGGCGGAGAAGAAAGCGACGGAGGAGACGAUCGUUCGCGCGGAGGAUAUUCAAGCGACGAAAGGGAUAGAUAAGAAGAUAUUAGGGGUUAAGAAGAUAACCGUGAAAUUGAAAAAUAUUGUCCCGAAUUGGAUCACGAUGGGGAAGAUUGCAAAACGAAGCGUGCGACCGCUCCAAUUCGCCGGAGCGAUUUUAGUGAACAUCGAUCUCCUCGAGAGAACGAUGCUGGCGAUUUCAACGGGAAAAAGCGACGCGUUCGUGUUAUUUCACGGAUCGUGGACGAGAGAUUUAAGUUCAUUCGGGUCGUACGCUUUCGUAUUAGCGUCUGUGAUGGUUUUCAUCCAAACGUCCGCUGAAAUUCAGAUUGAAAGAGCGAAGAAAUUGUACGUGGAUGAAUUCGAGUCGAUAGAAUCGCUCGAAGAGGUUAACAGAGACCCUUGA